AAAAAGGAUUGGAGUAGUGAUUAGACACAUUGUAUUUGUACAUUACAGAAAUAAUUUAUUUAGCAAGAAAUAUGGUGUUUGACUGAUACGAAAACUUGUCCAACUUAUAAUAUCAAGACGAAAAACAAGAGGAGAAUCAUUACGAGUAGUAUUUCACAAAGUUACAUGCACAAAAACUAGAAUUUUUAAUUCAUAACUUCAAUAGUACGGUGAAUCAUAUUUAGAUUAAAUUAUUGUAUUGGUCCCCGAGUAAUUAAAUUGGUUUAUGGUGUGUGUAUAUAUACUAUAUUAUUACCAUAUGUAUUACCACUAUACUUUGCAGGUUUGGCUUGAUGAGGAAGAAGGCUUGAAGUUGAAGCUGAGACUUGAACGUUGCCAUAUCAUAAAGAGGAAAACCAAAAGCAAAAUCUAUACACAGUACUGUAGCAUUGUAUGAUAGUUAUAGUAUGCUGCUAUAAUGCUUUGAAUAUGCUUCUCUUUCUCGCUGUAUCUCUGGUUUUGUGUGUGUGUGUGUGUGGAUUCUGGCGUGUUCCUGAAGCUAUGCCGUUAAAGCUUGUCUUUGCUUCCUCUUGGCCGUUAGUAGCACUAAUUACCAAGACCACAUUGCUUUAACAAAGACUUUUUCUUUCUCAAAACCACAUUUAUACAUUUUUCAGCAUUUAGUACUCUGCUCAACACUCCCUACUGUGGAUUCCUCUUCAAGCCUGCUUUCCCUUUCUCCUGGUUUCAAGGGAAACAAGUGGACUACUGAAACCAGGCAACCAGUUCCAUUCCAGCCUCUCAUCUCAGGCACCUUGAUUCAACAAGUAAAUUUGAUGAUGCUACAGUCCUACCUUUCAACAAUUCCAAUUUUCCUACUCCUGCUUGUGUUUCUUCAAACCAAAGCUGAUCUACACUCAGAAAAGCAAGCUCUUCUUGAUUUUGCUGCUGCACUUCAUCAUGGUCCAAGAGUCAAUUGGAACUCUAGUACCUCAAUCUGCACUUCAUGGGUGGGAGUUACAUGUAGUCAUGAUGGGUCCCAUGUACUUUCUGUGAGGCUUCCAGGUGUGGGACUGCGCGGUACUGUCCCACCAAACACACUUGGUAAGCUUAAUGGCCUCAUUAGUCUCAGUCUUAGGUCCAACAGCUUGAGGGGGAACCUUCCAACUGACCUACUUUCCCUUCCUUCUCUGCGCUUUGUAUAUCUCCAACACAACAACUUCUCAGGUCAUAUUCCUGAUUCACUGCCACCCCGGCUUAUCUUUCUUGAUCUGUCCUAUAACUCUUUCACAGGUCAAAUUCCAGACUCAAUCCAAAACUUGACACAUCUAAUAGGACUCAACCUCCAAAACAACUCUCUCUCAGGAUCCAUUCCUGAUGUUAACCUUCCUACCCUUAAGAUUUUGGAUUUAAGCUUCAACUACUUGAAUGGUUCUAUUCCUUCAUGUUUCCGUAAGUUUCCUGGCUCCUCAUUUAGAGGGAAUAUGAUGUUAUGUGGAGCACCUUUGAAACAUUGUUCUUCAUUUUCCACUUCUACCACAUUGUCCCCACCAACAGUCUCUCAAAGACCAAGUGAUUCAUCAAACAGGAAAAUGAACAAGGGGGCAAAAAUAGCAAUUAUUUUUGGGGUUGUCACUUUGCUGUUUGUUCCAGGUCUUAUGGUAGUGUUUUGCUGUUUCAAGAAAAAAGUUGGUGAACAAAAUGUUGCACCUGCAGAGAAAGGUCAGAAGCUUAAGGAGGACUUUGGUAGUGGUGUGCAAGAACCUGAGAGAAACAAGCUUGUAUUCUUUGAAGGUUGUUCUUAUAAUUUUGAUCUGGAAGACUUGUUAAGAGCUUCAGCUGAAGUGCUUGGGAAGGGAAGUUGCGGAACGACAUAUAAAGCCAUCUUGGAGGAUGGAACAACAGUGGUUGUGAAGAGGUUAAAAGAGGUGGCAAUGGGGAAAAAAGAAUUUGAACAGCAAAUGGAGAUUGUUCAAAGACUUGAUCAUCACCCAAAUGUGAUUCCCCUCCGUGCUUAUUACUAUUCCAAAGAUGAAAAACUAAUGGUUUACGACUACUCCACAGCCGGAAGUUUUUCCAAGUUACUGCAUGGAACCAGGGAAACUGGACGAGCUCCACUAGAUUGGGAUUCAAGAUUGAAGAUUGUGGUUGGAGCUGCAAGGGGUGUUUGUCAUAUUCACUUGGCCAAUGGAAGGAAACUUGUCCAUGGCAAUAUAAAAUCAUCUAAUGUGAUUCUCACAAUAGAUCUCCAGGGCUGUAUAUCAGAUUUUGGCCUAACUCCUCUGACAAAUUUCUGUGCCUCCUCUAGAAGUCCAGGCUAUGGAGCACCUGAAGUUAUUGAAACAAGAAAGUCCACCCAAAAAUCUGAUGUGUACAGCUUUGGUGUUCUCCUUCUUGAGAUGCUGACUGGCAAGACACCAGUUCAGUAUUCAGGGCAUGAUGAAGAGGUUGAUCUUCCAAAGUGGGUCCAAUCUGUUGUUAGAGAGGAAUGGACUGCUGAAGUGUUUGAUCUUGAGUUAAUGAGGUAUCCAAACAUUGAAGAUGAACUUGUGCAGAUGCUGCAACUGGCAAUGGCAUGUGUAGCAGUGAUGCCUGACUCAAGACCCUCAAUGGUGGAAGUUGUUAGAACAAUAGAAGAAAUUAGAGCUUGCAUUUAUUAAAACCAGCCAUGAGUGUGGGAGGACAGGUUCAAAAGAUCCUAAGAUUUCACUCUAUACAACUAAAUGGAUGGCGGCUACUCAGCAGAGGAAGAUACAUGAAUAUUUUCCAGAUGCCAUGACAGCAAACUGCAAGAUCAAUAUACAUCCAUUGCCAACAAGCAUAGUCAAGAUUCGUUUGAGGCCUUAGCAUCAAAAGAAAAAUACUUGUAUUUUUAAGCAUCUUGCCACCUUUUUAUCUUUUCAUGAUUGCUUUUUCUUGAUGUUUAAAACCACACUGAAAUAAUAGGUCAAAAUUCGGUCAAUACAAAAUCAUAUCGAUUCAUUUAGCUUCUCGUGCCUUGCA